AAGCCCGGUAGUCCCAUUAAGCGAAGUAGGAAGCUUGAAGCACGUUCUGAUGUAAGUGCUUCACAAAAAUAAACAUCUGUAACCGCUUGUCAACUCUGAACUAAACGAAUCUCUUAUGCUUUGUACGGACGCGUUGUUAUUCAUCUAUUAAAAAAAACUUCGCAAGUUCUUGUACAGCCAAUACCAGUGACCAAGGUCAAAAGUGUCUUUCCUCGAGACCUUCAGCCGGAGUGCGUCAGGUGUCAAAGUAUCCGUAAAACUGAACACAUGGCCGGCUUAAUCAACUUCGAGGACGAGCAGGAGGUGAAGCAGUUCCUGGAUAAUUUAGGAGUGGAGUACAGCUACCAGUGUUACCGGGAGAAAGACCCUGAAGGGUGUCACAGACUGGCGGAUUACUUGGAGGGAGUGAAGAAGAACUACGAGUCCACCGCUCAGGUCCUCCAGCACAACUGUGAGGUGAACGCACACGCGCAGAGCUGCUAUAAACUUGGGGCUUAUCAUGUCACCGGCAAAGGCGGCAUGAAGAAAUGCUUAAAGACGGCAUACUCCUGUUUUCUGAAGUCGUGCAACACUCAAGGGAAGAAGUCUGUGGAUGCUUGUCAUAAUGUGGGUCUGCUGGCUCAGGACGGGCGGGCACUGGAGACCGGUCCUGACACCACUGUGGCCCGGCAGUAUUUCGAGAAGGCUUGUGAAGGAGGCUUCGCUCCCAGCUGUUUCAACCUGAGCACACUGUACAUCCAGGGCUUUCCAGGGCUGGACAAAAGCAUGCCGUUGGCGCUGAAAUAUGCACUGAAAGCCUGUGAUCUGGGACAUGUGUGGGGCUGCGCCAACGCCAGUCGCAUGUACAAACUGGGCGACGGGACAGAUAAAGACGAGCAGAGGGCAGAGGAGCUGAAGAACAGGGCGAAAGACCUGCACGGGCAGGAGAAAGAGAGACAGCUCAAAUUUGGGGAGUGAGAUUGUGACCAUCUGUUUUCAUAUCGCUGAUUUAAAAAAA